AAAGUCUAACUCCUCAUCUGUUCAACAAAGAUACCCGGAUGUAUCAUCGCCUGUAUAUAAUCGUGUUUCUCUAAACAAAUAGUCACAUUAUUUCCGAACGAGUGGCGGGAGAUGAGGCCACGCCCACUGAGGACAUUUAGUUGACGGGAGGAAGCUGGAAGAACCUGAACCCAGCGGUGUGUCCAUGAAGAGUGACUGGUCUAUGGAACAUCCUUUUAACUUCAAAGACGGACGCGGCUCCACUAGAAGACUUGGACUGUGAAGUGUUGAGGGUGUGACUUGCUGAAACACACCAGGAAGAAGAAACAAGCAGCUUCUUGACUCACAGAGUUUUUCCUCCACACAUGAAGGUGGAAAGUGUCUGUAAGUGGACCUGAAGUGAGUUCAGCAGGUAGAAUCAACAGUUUGAUUGUGAUCAUCAGUGAAACAUGCAGGGCGUGUCUGAACUGGUCUGACAGCUUGGAUCCUCUUGGCUCAGGGAGAAAAAUGACGACACCUCGAGGGGUCCUCUUAAGAACUUUAAAAGAUUUGGGAGAUAAGGACUUUGAAGAAUUCAAGUGGUACCUGCAGCAGCAGGGGGAGCUAGAUGGCCACCCAGAAAUCCCAAAGAGUCAAAUGGAGAAUGCAAACCGGAUGGAAACCGUGGAUGAGAUGUUUAGGUUCUACAGUGAAAAAGCGACUGACGUGGCCAGAACAGUUUUAGCGACGAUGAAUCAGAAUGAACUAGUGGAGAAAUUACCAGAAACCUGCUUCAAACUCAAAGAGAUUCUUCCUCGGUGCCAGCCAAAACUCAAAUCCAAUUUAAAAAAGAAGUUUGAGUGUGUGUUUGAGGGGAUCGCUAAAGCAGGAAAACAGACCUUUCUGAAUCAGAUCUACACAGAGAUCUACAUCACAGAGGGAGGGACUGCAGAGGUCAAUAAGGAACAUGAGGUCAGACAGAUUGAAACAGCAUCCAGGAAACCAGACAGACCAGAAACAAGAAUCAGACUAGAAGACAUCUUUAAAACCCCACCUGGAAGAAAUAAACCAAUCAGAACAGUGCUGACAAAGGGAGUGGCUGGCAUUGGGAAAACAGUCUUAACACAGAAGUUCACUCUGGACUGGGCUGAAGACAAAACCAACCAGGACAUAAUGUUCAUAUUUCCAUUCACCUUCAGAGAGCUGAAUGUGCUGAAAGAGAAAAAGUUCAGCUUGGUGGAACUUGUUCAUCACUUCUUUACUGAAACCAAAGAAGCAGGAAUCUGCAGGUUUGAAGAGUUCCACGUUGUGUUGAUCUUUGACGGUCUGGAUGAGUUUCGAGUUCCCCUGGACUUCAACAACACUGAGACCCUGACUGAUGUCACAGAGUCCACCUCAGUGGAUGUGCUGCUGACAAACCUCAUCAGGGGGAAACUGCUUCCCUCUGCUCGCCUCUGGAUAACCACACGACCUGCAGCAGCCAAUCAGAUCCCUGCUGACUGUGUUGAUAUGGUGACAGAGGUACGAGGGUUCACUGACCCUCAGAAGGAGGUGUACUUCAGGAAGAGAUUCAGAGAAGAGGAGCAGGCCAGCAGAAUCAUCUCCCACAUCAAGACAACACGAAGCCUCUACAUCAUGUGCCACAUCCCAGUCUUCUGCUGGAUCUCUGCUGGAGUUCUGGAGGAGCUGAUGGAAACCAGAGAGGGAGGAGAGCUGCCCAAGACCCUGACUGAGAUGUACAUCCACUUCCUGGUGGUUCAGUCCAAAGUGAAGAACAUCAAGUAUGAUGGAGGAGCUGGGACAGAUCCACACUGGAGUCCAGAGAGCAGGAAGAUGAUUGAGUCUCUGGGAAAACUGGCUUUUGAUCAGCUGCAGAAAGGAAACCUGAUCUUCUAUGACUCAGACCUGACAGAGUGUGGCUUCGAUAUCACAGCAGCUUCAGUAUACUCAGGAGUGUUCACACAGGUCUUUAGAGAGGAGAGAGGACUGUACCAGGUCAGGGUGUUCUGCUUCGUCCAUCUGAGUGUUCAGGAGUUUCUGGCUGCUCUUCAUGUCCAUCUGACCUUCAUCAACUCUGGAGUCAAUCUGAUGGCAGAGGAACCAAAAGAGACGAGUCUCUACCAGAGUGCUGUGGACAAGGCCUUAAAGAGUCCAAAUGGACACCUGGACUUGUUCCUCCGCUUCCUCCUGGGUCUUUCUCUGGAGACCAAUCAGAAUCUCCUACGAGGUCUGCUGACACAGACAGGAAGUAGCUCACAGACCAAUCAGGAAACAGUCAAAUACAUCAAGAAGAAGAUCAGUGAGGAUCUGUCUGCAGAGAGAAGCAUCAACCUGUUCCACUGUCUGAAUGAACUGAAUGAUCGUUUUCUAGUGGAGGAGAUCCAACAGUUCCUGAGAUCAGGAAGUCUCUCCACAGAUAAACUGUCUCCUGCUCGCUGGUCAGCUCUGGUCUUCAUCUUACUGUCAUCAGAAACAGAUCUGGAUGUGUUUGACCUGAAGAAAUACUUUGCUUCAGAGGAGGCUCUUCUGAGGCUGCUGCCAGUGGUCAAAGCCUCCAACAAAGCUCUUCUCAGUGGCUGUAACCUGUCAGAGAGAAGCUGUGGAGCUCUGUCCUCAGUCCUCAGCUCCCAGUCCUCCAGUCUGAGAGAGCUGGACCUGAGUAACAACGACCUGCAGGAUUCAGGAGUGAAGAGGCUGUCUCCUGGACUGAAGAGUCCUCAUUGUAAACUGGGAACUCUCAGUCUUUCCGGCUGUCUGGUCUCAGAGGACGGCUGUGCUUCUCUGGCCUCAGCUCUGAGAUCCAACCCCUCCCACCUGAGAGUCCUGGACCUGAGCUACAACCAUCCAGGAGACUCAGGACGGAAGCUGCUGGAGGAUCCACGCUGCAGACUGGACACUCUCAGGGCGGAGCCUGCUGGAGUCCACUGGAUGACAUCAGGUCUGAGGAAGUAUCGUUGUGAACUCACAGUCGACACAAACACAGUCGGCAGGAGGAUCAAACUGUCUGACAACAACAGGACGCUGAUACAUGAGGAGGAUCAGCCGUACCCUGAUCAUCCAGACAGGUUUGACUGGAUGCCUCAGCUGCUGUGUAGAGAUGGUCUGACUGGUCGCUGUUACUGGGAGGUCCAGUGGAGCGGAGGGGUUCAUAUGUCAGUGAGUUACAGAGGAAUCAGACGGAGAGGAAACUAUGAGGACUGUGUGUUUGGAAGCAAUGAUCAGUCCUGGAGUCUGUGGUGCUCUGAUGAUGGUUACACUGUCAGGCACAAUUAUAGAGAAACAUCCUCCUCCUCCUCCCCCUCCUCCUCCUCCUUCUCCUCCUCCUCCUCCUUCUUCCCCUCCUCCUCCUCCUUCUCCUCCUCCUCCUCCUCUGGUAGAGUAGGAGUGUAUGUGGACUGUCCUGCUGGCAUUCUGUCCUUCUACAGAGUCUCCUCUGGCUCUCUGAUCCACAUCCAGACCGUCAACACCACGUUCACUGAACCUCUUUAUCCUGGAUUUGGGUUUGGGAUUGGCUAUGAGUCUCUGUUUUAUCCUGGUUCCUCCUCAGUGUCUCUGUGUCGUCUGUGAGAGGACAGACUGUCUCCUCCUGUUUUUUGCUCUUUUUACAUUUAACUCACUGUAGCCUUGUUUCCUCUCCUGUCCUCUCCUCUCAGCUCUGUGUAAACAGCCUCUCCUGUCCUCUCCUCUCUGCUCUGUGUAAACAGCCUCUCCUGUCCUCUCCUCUCUGCUCUGUGUAAAUCAUUUUUCUACUUCAGGAUCAGAUCAUGUGGGCAGCAGAUGUUUUCUCUCUUUGAUUUCUUUUUAUUAUUAUUAUUAUUAUUAUUCUCGUCAGACCCUGAUCAGUUUAUAUUCAGUUUCCAUUUUUUUCUUAUAUUUAUCUGACAGUUUUCUGAUAUUUUCCAGUUUUUGUUUAUAUUUUUUUAUUUUCCUGCCAUUUCCCAGAUGUUUUAUUGAUAAAACUAACCCUCUUGUAUAAUAACUUCACAUAUUUUACCUGUUUUUUACUCUGUAGAUUUUCAUUCUUUUUACUAUUAUUUUUUCCUAUUAACACUAUUACUGACGUAUAGUUGAUUUCAUGGACUUAGUUACUUUCCAAAUGUUGCAGCUGGUAAAAUAAUGUAAUGCCUUUCUAAACUGCUGCUGGAUUAACCUGUAAUAAUAACUUUAUUAUGAUUAUUAUUGACUAUAUUUAGUUUGAAUAAUCUGUAAAGUAACUAAAGCUGCCAGAUAAAUGUAAUGGAGUAUUAAAUACUGUGACUACAGGAGAGUAAAUGUACUCAGUUACUUUGCUGCUCUAAUAAAAAUCACAAUAACGUUAAACUGUCAAACUGAAUAAAAACUUCUUUUAUUGGAA